AUGCCUCCCAAGGACAAGUAUACCGACCCCGAGCUUCGCGACGAAGUCAAGGAGGAAAUCCACAAUGGCGACAAGGGCGGCGCGCCCGGCCAAUGGUCAGCCCGCAAAGCCCAAAUGAUGGCCUCUGAAUACAAGAAGCGUGGCGGUGGUUACACGACUGACAAGAAAGACCAAGACGACUCGCAACAACACCUUUCCAAAUGGGGAGAAGAAGACUGGCAAACCAAAGAAGGGUCCGGCAACGCAAAAGACGAUGACGGCACCCAACACCGCUACCUCCCCAAAAAGGCCUGGGAAAACAUGAGCGAGCAGGAGAAGAAAGAAACAGACGACAAGAAACAAGAAGCAAGCAAAGAAGGCAAGCAGCACGUCAACAACACCGACAAGGCAAAGGAAAGCAGAAAGCAAGCCAAUGAAGAAGAAGACGAGGAAUUUGAGAAGAAGCAGCAAGAGGAGAAGAAGGAGGGUGACGAGAAGGAAGAGGAAGAGGCACAGGCUGGUGAUAAGCGCACUCGUUCUUCUAAAUCUGCUUCGCCGUCGAAGAAGCAGAGGCAAAACGACGACGACUCCCACGGCGAGCCCGCCUCUUCGUCCCGCCUCCCCAGAGAGAACCAAACCGUCCACUGGAAGACCCUCGGCAACUGGACAAAGGGAACCGUUCAAGAAAUCGCCUAUGAAGAAAAAGAAGUCGAUGGCAAGAAAGUCAAGGCAUCGAAAGAGGACCCUAGGAUUGUGUUGAAGAGUGAGUCUUCGGGCAAGGUUGCUGUGCAUAAGCCUGAAGCUGUUUACUUUUGA